AAUACAAAUAGGAUUUGCUUGAUUGAAAACUGAAAGACAAUGGUACCCAGAUCUAUUGGUAUCUUAUUGAGAAAAAUUUCUGGUAGAGCGAGUAUUGGAAAAGCAUGGUUCACGACCCAGCAAUCACAUAAUUCAAAGUUUUAUGAUGCUAUCAUUGUGGGUGGUGGGAUGGUAGGAUCCACACUUGCUUGUGCCAUUGGUGGAGAUACCAUAUUUCAAAACAAGAAGGUGCUGGUGUUAGAAGCUGGACCACAAGUUAAACUGAAGGAACUACCCGAGUUAUAUAGUAAUCGUGUCAGCACAGUUAGCCCUGGCUCCAAAAAAUUACUUGAGAGGGUUGGAGCUUGGAAACAUAUUGAAAACAUGAGAGUAAAGCCAUUUCAAAGAAUGCAGGUCUGGGAUGCGUGUGGUGAUGGAUAUCUAACGUUUGAAGCUUCCGAUGACCUGGAACAAGCCAUAAACAUGGCCUAUCUCGUGGAAAACAACGUUCUUAUCACAGCUCUGGAAAUGGAACUGGAAAACCUGAGAUCAAAUGUUGAUGUUCUGUAUCAAACGAAAAUGAACACGUUUAGAAUUCCUUCACCAGACACGAAUGAUGUUGAUAGCCCAUGGGCUGAAAUUACGUUGGAAGAUGGGCAAGAAUUUUCGACAAGACUUUUGGUUGGUGCUGACGGAUUCAACUCUCAGGUUCGAAAAAACUCUGGUAUAGAUUCUAUCUCUCAUGAUUAUCGUCAGAGCGGUGUGGUUGCCACACUCUGUUUUUCCGAGCCCACAAAAAACAUCGUUGCCUGGCAGAGGUUUUUACCGACUGGACCCAUAGCGAUCCUUCCACUAACGGACAGUAAGAGUUCUCUCGUUUGGUCCACGACAACGAGUCACGCUAAGAAUCUUGUUUCUUUGCCUGAAGAAAGGUUUGUGGACGCAGUCAAUGAGGCUUUGACUGAUGAUAUUUCGAAGAAUUCGUUGUCAGAAAUGGCAUCAAAUUUAUUGCACAACGUGCUUUCUAUGGUCCAACCAGAUUAUCUAGGGCUACAAAUUCCUCCCAGAAUAGCGGGUAUUGAGAAGAAUAGCCGUGCUUCAUUCCCUCUUGGAGUCAACCACUCUUCGUAUUAUGUCAAACCAAGAAUGGCGCUAAUAGGAGAUGCCGCACACAGGAUCCACCCGCUCGCGGGUCAGGGUGUAAAUCUUGGAUUUGGUGAUGUUGAGUGUUUGUGGAAUGAAUUGAGACAGGCGGCCAUCGAUGGCCAAGAUUUGGGUUCUUUGGAACAUCUACUAAGAUAUGAAACAGCACGUCAGAAAGAUGUGGCCGUUUUGAUGGGUGUAACACAUGGAUUAAACACGCUUUUCUCCACGUCUUUUUUACCUUUCGUCAUUGCUCGUAAUCUUGGAAUUCAAAUGACAAAUGUCAUGACGCCAGUGAAGAAACAAAUCAUGGACUAUGCUAUGAAAUGAGACAGGGAUGAUGUAAAAAGGACAGACCGAAAUUAGUCUGCAGGAAUCAAAGACAUUUCUUCAUAAACGAAAUGAAAAAUAAAAAAUUAAAAUGCCAAAAUGAAAUCGUGUGUGCUCCUCUAGAUGACUAGAUCAAAGG